CUGAAAUUCAUUUCUUCGCAAAAAAUCCCUAUUUUCUGUAUCCGCAAUCCCUAAAAAUUCCCUAGCUUUGCGUUUGGAUGUUCGGAUGUUCUUGACUCUCAGCUGACACACAAAAUUUUCAUCAUUUAUUCCUGCUGAAGAUCUCUCUGCAACAUUAUCUUGUGGUCCAUUGGUAAUUUCUGCGUUUCUUCCGGGUUAAUUUCGGAAACCCGCAAAAAUGCCGGGUGGGCCGGAAUCCGACCCGUUUACAUUGACGCCGCAUUCUCAGCCUCAGAUGGAUCAGCAAAUGCGCGUGCCCUACUCCGCGCCGCCGCCGCCGUUACAGCAAGUGGCUAAGGAGGGGAUGAAUUGGAGCUCAGGUGAGCAGAAACGGAGGAGGGGCCGGCCAAGGAAAUAUGGGACAGAUGGCAGCAUGGCCAUGGUGAUGGCUCCUGGGCCGCCGCAGACGGAGAAUUUAUCUCCGGCCCCUUCGACGGAAGUGGUUGUUGGAUCGGCCAAGAAGCCAAGGGGAAGGCCCCCUGGUUCCACCAACAAGAAAAAGCAAAUUGAAGCUAUAGGUUCAAACGGGAUUGGAUUUAUACCUCAUGUAAUUGACGUGGCGGCUGGAGAGGAUGUGUCUUCGAAAAUUGUGGCGUUUUCUCAAAAUGGUCCAAGGGCUGUAUGUAUCCUAUCUGCAACUGGUGCCAUAUCACACGUGACACUCAGGCUAACUGAAACAUCUGGUGGAACUGCAACUUACGAGGGGCGAUUUGACAUCUUGUCCCUGUCGGGCUCAUUUAUGGUAUCAGAUGCUGGUGAUCACAAAAGAAGAACCGGUGGGUUAAGCACAACGUUAGCUGGACCUGAAGGAAGGGUGUUUGGUGGUUGCGUGUCUGGUUUGUUAGUUGCACAUUCCCCUGUCCAGGUCAUAGUUGGAAGCUUUCUAGCAGAUGAUCGGAAACAGCCAAAAUCAGCAAGCCAUAUGGAGCCUUUAUCUGGUCCUCCGAAAGUGAACAUGGGCGGCACGAUCAGCUCGCCAUCACAAGGUACAUUCAGCGAGUCCUCCGGUGGGGCCGCAAGCCCUCACAAUCUGAGCUCCGGUGUUUGCAACAACCAACCUCAUGCCAUGUCUGCCAUGCCGUGGAAAUGAUCUUGUCUGCAUAAUUUCUGUUUGUCAUAAUUUCUGCAGAAUUCUAGUAUGGUAUGAAUGCACUCGGUAGAAUUAGGUUCUUCCUUGGCUGACACGUCAGAUUGGGUUGUAGCUGUUACAUUAGUUACUUUCUUCUUCAGUCUUCACCAUGCUUUCUGCUAAUUGUUAACCACCAACUAUUUGAUGCUCCCUGCUUCACAUAUUUUCUACUCCA